AUUCACCAACCCAAACCCAGGAUUGUUGUAAAAAGAUGUACCACUAUCGCUGUCAAGCAUAUGUUCAUCCAUGCAUCGGCAGUACUUGGAGCAUGAGGUAGCGGGUACACCUCAUCACCUCUCUGGGUGCAUACCGUACACAUACUUCUUCCAUCCAAAACGUCAACAACUUGUUUACAAAAACUACGAAAACCUACGAUCCUCCUGUUUGCCGGAUAUCUAACAGUCGACACGUUUUAAACCUUAAUAAUCUUUCAGAACGAAAUUAGAACGCUAAUAAAAUAAUGAAUAUUCUGCAGAAAGCAGCCUCCGUGGGGUUAAAAACGAUUCCCCGAAAUGGACUUCUGCGGCAUUCGUCCCAUUUCGUGUACCAACCAGACGCAAGUCCACCAGUCGAAGGCCCAACUAAAAAGAUGAACAUGUUCCAAGCCAUUAACCAGGCGAUGGAUAUUGCACUGGAGCAGAACGAGUCGGCGCUGGUGUUCGGCGAAGAUGUCGCUUUUGGGGGUGUUUUCCGCUGUUCGAUGGGUCUGCAGCAGAAGUACGGCAAACAACGCGUGUUCAACACGCCACUAUGCGAGCAGGGCAUUGCUGGGUUUGCCAUCGGUGUGGCCAAUACGGGUGCGACGGCGAUCGCGGAGAUGCAGUUUGCUGACUACAUCUUUCCGGCAUUCGAUCAGAUCAUUAACGAGGCGGCCAAGUAUCGGUACCGCAGUGGUAACCUCUACGAUUGCGGGUCGCUCACAUUUCGCGCCCCGUGUAGUGCCGUUGGCCACGGCGCAUGCUACCACUCGCAAAGUCCCGAAGCUUACUUCGCGCACACACCAGGACUAAAAGUGGUGGUACCGAGGGGUCCAAAUAAGGCGAAGGGACUGCUUCUGGCUUGCGUGAAGGACAAUGAUCCGUGUAUCGUAUUCGAACCAAAAACGCUGUACCGUGCGGCCGUAGAGGAAGUGCCCGUUGCAGCCUUCGAGUCUCCGAUUGGCAAGGCUGACGUUUUGCGCACCGGAACCGACGUUACACUGAUUGGUUGGGGUACACAAAUUCAUGUCUUGCAAGAGGUAGCCGACAUGGCCAAAGCUCAGCUGGACGUGAGCUGUGAGGUGAUCGAUCUGGUCUCAAUUUUGCCCUGGGACAAGGAAACAAUAUGCAAUUCGGCCAAGAAAACCGGACGCGUUCUGAUUGCCCACGAAGCUCCCUUAACCAGUGGAUUUGGGGCCGAGCUGGCUGCCACCAUACAGGAAGAAUGUUUCCUGCAUCUGGAAUCUCCUGUGAUGAGAGUCACUGGCUGGGAUACACCGUUCCCACACGUGUUCGAGCCUUUCUACAUUCCCGACAAGCACCGGUGCCUAGCUGGCGUUCGUAAGCUCAUCGAAUACUAAGCGUGUGGUGUUUUUUGCGGACCCUAGGACACCCGAUACACGAAGGCCUUCUCUUUAAGUCAAAAUUGGACGCAAUUAUAUGCGUGCUCACCUCAUUCCAAAUAGCUGCUGGUUAAGAACCAACAACUUCGCGCAACGAAUGCAUUUAUUAACGACGAACCUACGGCGCAACCAUCGAUUUAACCUUCUUGCGUAAUGGGUCGAACAAUACCAGGUUCAAUACCUACGUGAGCUGUGUUACAUGCAAAGCAAAACUUUCGUGCCUU